UAGCUUGAAAGCUAUCUUAUGGGCUAGUAAAUAAAAAAGUAAAUAAGAUUUGAGAACCUGCAUUUUAGCUAGUUCAAGUUUACCGCCAACUUGGCAGCUCAGUGCCGACACCUGAACUAAAAUUUGACUUUAGUCAAGACUCGCGUGUGUUUGUUUACAGUUGAGUAUCAUACGAGACACUACAAGAGUGCAAUAUGAAAUUGGCGAGGUCUGAACGGAUAAUCUGAACUUGAUCUUCCGUAGCAGGUCAAGUGUAAGAAGUCACAUUUUCGUAAUUUGCAAAUAAUGCCACUUUCGAACCGUUACUUUUUGAAUGUAGAGAGCACACGAUUUCAGCAACACUGAUUUGCACCUAUUGGCCAAAAUUGGAACAAAAUUUGGUUCCACAUUAACACCUUAGAAAAUCUACCAAGUUUCACUGCCAUAAGAUAAUUGCAGUCCACACUGGACCUCUAAUGACUAGUCUUACAAAGAGGGGUGCCCUAAUAGUAUUUGAAGGAUGUGAUAGAUCUGGAAAAACUACCCAGUGCAAGAAACUUGUUGAGAAUCUAAGAAAUAAGGGCAUUACUACAGAAUUUCUGUGUUUUCCUGAUCGGUCGACCGCAAUUGGUAAAGUGAUUGACUCAUACCUGAAAAAGGAGGAAGAACUCCCAGACAGGACCAUACACCUUACAUUUGCUGCAAAUAUAUGGGAAAAUGAACAAAAAAUAAAGUCUGCAUUACAAAAUGGAGUUACGCUGGUUAUUGAUCGAUAUGCAUAUUCAAAUGUGGCCUAUUCUGCAGCAAAGGAGGCAAUGGACUUUAAAUGGUGCACCUUACCUGCGACUGGGUUGCCAAAGCCAGAUGUAGUUUUCUUUCUGGAUAUGAACAUGGAAGCAAUGGAAAAGCGUGGUGGAUUUGGUUCAGAGAGAUAUGAAACAACAAAUUUCCAAAGAUCAGUUUAUAACAACUUCAAGAAGCUAAUUGAUAAGAGCUGGAAGGUUUUGAAUGCUGACCAAAAGAAAGACGUUUUACAUGAAGAAAUACUUACAAAUGCCCUAAGUAUCACAGAAAAUGUGAAAAAUUCUGAAAUUGGUUAUCUGUGGUAGCUUUCAGUUCCAGAGAAGGGUGAUUGUCAUAGUUCUCCAGUUGCUGAUAAUGAGAAUCUCACACAGUUAAUAUACGUGUAAUGUAAUUUGCUCAUUUUUAUAUAUUGUUAUUGUUUGCCCUUUCUGCUGAAAGGCAAAGUGAUUUUUAAUAUGUAAGUGUUGAAUUAAAGAGAGAGAGAGUAUGUGGCAGUGGAGACAGUACAUCUAAUAACA